AUGGGGAAGAAGAAGGCUAAGAGGAGGUCGAUCAGCGAGUCGUCGGGGCAACCCGUGGAUAAAGAGCAGGCUAAGAGAAGACGAGGCCGGCCUCGGAAAGUGGUCGCAGAAGAGGAAGAUAAGCUGAAGAAGAAGAAGAAGAAGGUGGGGAGCGGAGGCGAAGAAGAGGAGCGAAAGGGAGCAGAGGAAUCCUGUUCCUCGUUAGCUGCUGCUGCUGCAGUUGCUGUUGCUGAUGACGAUGAUGAUGAUGAUGACGACGAGGGGAAGGAAGAGGCUGGGGAGAUGGAACCAAUCCAACAUCAAGAGGAAGAGGACAAGCCAAGGAGCAGAACAAGGAGAAAGAGCCAGCAGCCCCGCAAGAGCACCUAA